CGCCAGACGUCGAGAUUAACAAUAUAGCGUGCUCCGACGCAAUCCAGACGCAAUCAUAUUAGCGGUUUACCGUUUUCCAAAGUUUCCGACCAUUCUUAAGUGCCGCUUGGUUUCCGUUUUGUUAGUGAAUAAAAAUCCUGUUGAAUCAGCUGUUCUAUUUGGAGUAUUCAAAAUGUCUACACAUGAGUCUCACAUGUUGACUCCACAAAAACCGAAACUUUCACCUUUAGAGCUUCGCAAUACUGACUUGGUGUCCAGACUAUUAGCUGCCACUCCUCCUUACAUGUACAAUAUGCAACUGUUGCCAAACACCUAUUUUUUUUCGGAAAUGUUGCGCAGUCUUGUGCAGGCUAAAAACGAACAGAGAGCAAGUGUUUCGAAUGGAUUUUCAGGAAACAAUAUGUUCUAUGGACAGCCACAUCGACGGUCUAGAAAGAGAGCGUGGAACAGUGUGGGCAGGGAGACGUAUACUCACAGUAAUCACACUCUUGAGGAUAAAGUAAUUGAAAAACCCAAGGAAAAACCAGACAAUGGCGAAUCAUGGAUGCUCAAAAGCAUGAGAAGAAAUGAGGACAAUGCUCUUGAGUUAACUACAAAUGGUAGCUGCGCUUCUAACCAAAAGUUAGACGAACGUGCACUUCAAAAAUCCCCAAAAUCGGAGGACCUGCUUCAAACGUUUCCGCAACCGCAGCAGGAGAGCAGCUCGAGCCUAAUUCUUCCUCCACCACCACCCAUUUGGUAUCCUCCAAUAUAUCCGACCGCUCCUUAUGGCAUUGAUCCACUUCACUUUUUCAUUGAUCUGCGGGUGUCGGGGCACAUCUACGAUCGGCAGAAUAAUAGCAAAGAAGGAGGAGCUAUUUCAAGUCAAGAGGGCGGUAACAGCACCAUAGUCAGUCAACCCGAAACCAACAAUGCAAAAAAGGAUGUAAAACCGGAGGAAAUCAGCGGCAACAUGUUCAGCCCGAAACGGCAUUGCUCCGCGUUUUCUGUUCCAAACGCCAAUCGAACCCAAACGAAAUUCGACGUGAAGUCUAUGGGUUUCGAUAAAAGUAGCAAUAAGACUAGCACGCACUACAUAAUGGCAAACGUUACAGACAUUUACAAAAACUUGGGCACGAAGCGAGAUCAGUUCAACUAUGGUGUGGCGUCUAGGUCAGCAAACAUCAACGAUUUCGUGCCCGCAGCGGUUGAUACAGAAGAGCAGAAAAACCACGUUGAUGUUUCAGACGAAUCUGAACCAGAAAAACAGAAAAAAGUCAAAGAUCUACGAGCUUUGAUUGGCCUGGAACUGGUCGUGGAUUAUAUGGCUCACAAAAAAGGUUUGGUAAAAAGCGAUGAGUCCUCAGACGUUUCAGAAGAGGGCGAAGUUAGUUCUGAAGUUGAGUCGUGUGGGAGUCCUCAAUUGGAAGUUGUGGCGGUACACGACGAAGUUUAACUACAUACAUUAUUUAACUAAUUGUACAUAUUUAUAAUGCUACCAAUUGUUUUUCGAAUUUUGAGUAGUUUUAGGUGAAACAGUCAUCUAGCUAGCACUCUUCUAGUCAAUGAAAUGAGUGGGCAGACCAUAUAGGUAGUUAAAAAGUCGGUAGUUUCUAGCGCCGAGUAUAUAAUAGAGCACUGUGUUCUGAUUUCUGGUCAUAUGUACUUACUAAUACAAUUUCUGUUAUUGUUGAAUAGAUCCGGGGUAUAAUUAA